AUGAGGCUUAUAACGAUUUUAUUACUGGCCUUUGUGGUAACCGUAUGCCUGGUUCAUCGUGCAAGUUGCCAAAGUUCCAAUUCAACCAGUUCCAAUUCAACUAGCGCAACCACAACUACCACCACCACUACCCAAGCACCGAGCAGCAGCAGCAGCAACUCGGCAACAUUGAGGAGACAACGCCAGCGAAUCCGAAGAUUGAGACGAAGAUUGAGAAGAGAACAAGCUCAACGUAGAAAACAAGCUCAACGUAGAAGACGAACUCAACGUAGAAGACAAGUUCAACAAAGAAGAGUGCAACAACAACAGCGACAACGGCGGCGCAAUAGACGAAACAGGCGUGGCUAA